GCAGGAGGCAGGAGGCAGACCCACCCUGACUGAAGAGCGAGGAACGUGGGAGCGCGUGUACUGGGGACCCGAACCCAAGCCCACCUAUCCCGCUGGGGCAUGCAGACACUUGGAUUGACUCCAAGAGGACAGUAACCCCGCCUCCAGCCCAGGACCUAUUCAGGCCUUUGAAAUGGCUGAAUCCCCCAGCUGCUGCUCUGUCUGGGCCUGCUGCUUCUUCAGCCUGUAUAGCUGUCACUGGAGGAAACAUUCCCAGGAGAAGAUGCCAACCAGCAAGUGUGACUGGCUCUGGUUUGGUCUCCUGGCCGCCGCCUUCCUCCUGUCGCUGGGCUGCUUGUACAUCGGGCUUAUUCUGCUCAAUGAUCUACACAAUUUCAACGAGUUCCUGUUUCGACACUGGGGACACUGGCUGGAUUGGUCCCUGGUUCUGCUGCCUGUCGUCUCUGUGCUGGUUACAUAUUCCACCCUGCUGCUGCUCCUGGCCCUGUUCCUCCAUCUCUGGGCACAGCCUCUGCACCUCCACUGGCUUCACAAGGGACUGUUAUCACUGACCGUGCUGCUCGUGGCCGCUGCCCUUGUGGGGCUGGAAAUCCAGUGGCAGGAGGAGUGGAGAAGCCUGCGCUUGUCAUUGCAAGCCACAGCCCCAUUUCUGCAUAUCGGAGCAGUGGUUGCACUCACCCUCCUGGCCUGGCCAGUGGCUGAUGCCUUCUACAGGUCUCAGAGAAGAGGGCCCAACAUGCUGUUACUACUCCUGUUCAUUGGUGCAGCCCUGGCUAUCUACCUGGCACCCCUGGGCAUCUCAUCACCAUGCCUAAUGGAGUACAGUCAUCUCCCCCCCAAGCCCGGGCUAGUAGGGCACCGAGGGGCUCCCAUGCUGGCCCCUGAGAACACGCUGAUGUCCCUCCGGAAGACUGCUGAGUGUGGGGCUUCUGUGUUCGAGACAGACGUGAUGCUCAGCUCCGACGGAGUCCCCUUCCUAAUGCAUGACGAACGCCUGGAUAGGACAACCAAUGUGGCUUCUGUGUUCCCCACCCGAGCUGCAGGACACAGCAGUGACUUCUCUUGGGCCGAACUGCAGCAGUUAAAUGCAGGGACCUGGUUCCUGGAGAGACCACCAUUCCAGGGAGCCAGGAAGCUCUCAGGCCCCGAACAGCAGGAAGCCAAGAACCAGACAGUGCCAUCGCUAAGGGAGCUUCUGGAGGCGGCUGCUGACCUCAAUCUAUCCGUCAUGUUUGACCUGCGCCGACCCCCCCCAAACCACACAUAUCAUCACACCUACGUCAACUGCACCCUGGAUGCUGUGCUGAGUGCCGGGGUGCCCCAGGCCAUGGUGCUCUGGCUGCCAGAUGAAGGCCGGGCUGAGGUCCAACUCCGGGCACCCGAGCUCCCUCAGGUGUAUGGAUAUCGAAAGGAGAACAGGACUGAGAGGCCCCAGCUCCUCAACCUGCCUUACCAGGACCUCCCACUGACAGACAUCAAGCUCCUGCAGCGCGACAACAUCUCUGUGAACCUAUUCGUGGUGAACAAGCCUUGGCUCUUCUCCCUGCUCUGGUGCGCCGGGGCUGCCUCGGUCACCACCAACGCCUGCCAGCUGCUGCGGCAGCUGCCCCAUCCUGUCUGGCUCAUCCCCCCUCAAACCUACCUAAUGAUCUGGAUCGUCUCAGACUGUGUGUCUGCCCUGCUACUUCUCUGGGUCUUCUUCCUACAAGGGAAAUGGGCCAGAGAGAGAGAGAAACCCGUUUCAGAGACCUCUGUGCUGCUGACCAAGAUCAACGCCAUCCUGCUGGAAUGAGUGAGGCGCCAGUUCACCCCCAAACCCUCUGUAGCCUGAGGCUUGCCUGCCUCUGCUAGCCCCCAGCCACCGACCCCGAGAUGCUGUUGCCAGACUGUUGCUUCUGGUGGGUGGGGUGGAGAGUGGUGGGGCAUGGGAAUCCCUGGGCAGCAAGUGAUGCCAAGUGGUGGGUGAGGCGCAUCUGCCUGCCCUCCCACGUGAGGCGGCGUAUGGAGGCCAGGGGAACCCCUGGAGGGGACCUCCUCCCGGCUCCCCUCCUGGAGAACUGGCCUGCAUCGCGCUCUCUCUGCCGACACUAAGCUGCUUGGGGCUGUGGGCCACAGAACGGCGAGGACCGCGUGGUCUCUGGGUCUUCUUUCUGUCAUUCAAUGAAUUGGAUCCCCCACA